UUAUCUGUGCUCAGUUCUCUCACAAACACCGUUUCUGUUUGUCUCUCAGGAUUCUCUUACGUUUGCUAUCUUUCUGUGUGGCUAAGCAUUUUAGGAUCAGAUCUGAGUUUAAUUGUGCUAGCCAUUUUUCUCUGAUUCUCUAAGCAUAAUGGCUGAACUUGCCCUCAACUUCGUCAGCCCAAUCAUAGAGACUGCAGUUUCUAAAGCAUUUUCAUUUGCUGCUGCACAAAUCAGCACGGCAUGGGGUAAGACCUUGGUUUGGGACACUAGCUGCAAUUUUGAUGUUCAGAAUUGUAGUACCAUUCGACAUUUGAGAGUCAAGUCCAAGGGACAGGAUCUUCAAACCAUUCCAAGAAGUGUUGCUCAAAGGCUGCAUUCUUUGUUUUCAGAUGUUGAUGUUUUUUGUAGCAUGGCGUCAGAUCUCAAAAGCUUGCGAUCCUUGAAAUUAGAGGGAGGUUGGAAAAAGUUGCCAGCUUCUCUCGGCAAAUUGAAGCAUUUGAGGUACCUUGACAUCUCAAAAACUAAUGUCAGAACAAUACCAAAAUCCUUCUCCAAGCUCUAUAAUUUGCAGACUUCAAAUUUUGUUGACAGCCUUAAUCUUAGAAAGCUUCCCAAUGGCAUGGCAAAUCUCAUCAGCUUGAGGCAUAUCUAUUCUAGUGGUGCAAGUAAUAUAUCGAUCAUGCAGUUAACUUCCCUUCGAACAUUAUCAUACUUUGUUGUGGGCACAAAAAAGGGAUGCCGGAUUGAAGACCUUGGAUGCUUAAGACAACUUGGAGGAAAACUAGAGAUUUGGAAGCUUGAACAUGUCAGAUCUAAAUUGGAAGCUUCUAAAGCAAACCUGAAAGAAAAGGCAAAAUUGCAUCAAUUGAAAUUACACUGGAGUAGAUACUAUGAAGGAGCAGUCAACAACAACGAUGAAGAAGUUCUAGAAAGCCUUCAACCUCAUUCAAAUUUGAAAAGCCUUACUAUUGAUGGUUACAAAGGAAAGAUGUUCCCAUCUUGGAUGGGGAAUGAUAUCAAUAGUUUUGGUUCAUCAUUCCUUCUUGACAACAUGGUGGAGUUGCAGUUAAGUGAUUGCAAUCAGUGUACGUGUAUUCCGAGUUUGGGACUAUUGCCUUUUCUCAAGGUUCUUUACAUUGGAAGAAUGCAUAAUGUUAGAAGAAUGGGUCACAAGCUUCAGCCUAGCGGAGCAGAAUCAAUCAGAUUGUUCCCAGCUUUGAAAACACUCACUGUAUAUUACAUGGGAAGGCUAGAAGAAUGGGUUGAAGUUGUUGAGGAUGCAGCUGUAGGGAGCCAAGGUGUGAUCGUGUUUCCUUGCCUUGAGGAUGUGGGGAUUUCUCAUUGUCCUUUGUUGAAGACUUGGUUGAUGGGCGGAUUUUCAUCUCAUCAUAAGCUCUCUAUGCUGCAGAUAGAGUCGUGUGAGAAACUGAUGGCUAUCCCUGGUUUGGAUGGGCUCUCAACUCUUAAAAGGUUUGAGCUCACGGAAAAUAAUGGAUUAACAAGUCUACCAACUGGGCUUGGAUCCUGCAUCUCUCUUCGGUUCUUGCGAAUUGAAUAUUGUCGAAAUCUGAACUGCAUUCCAAUUAUGAAUGGGUUGACAUCUCUUGAAGACCUCUUCCUUGGUAGUUGCGAUGGAUUAACGUGUCUUUCAAUUGGGCUGGACUCUUGCAUUUCAUUUCAGAAGUUGAAAAUUGAAUUUUGCCGUAAUUUAAUUUCCAUUUCUGACAAUAUCAAGCAAUUGCGUUCUCUCAGUAUUCUUGUAAUAGCAGAUUGCAAAAAUCUAAGGAGCCUUCCAGAGGAGUGGCUAGAUAGCCUCACCCGCUUGAAGAAGUUAAGCCUUGGUCCUUUUUGGUCGGAGUUGGAGGAAUUCCCUGGAUUGACCUCCAUUCAUCAAUUCCACCCCUCGCUUGAAUUAUUGAUCUUGUACGGAUGGGAUAAACUAAUUUCUCUGCCACAUCAGCUUCGACAUCUCACUGCCCUCAAGGAAUUGAGGUUAGUGGACUUUAAUGGCCUGGAAGCUUUGCCAGAGUGGUUGGGAGACUUCUCUUCUCUUCAUCGGUUGGAGAUUGGGAAUUGCUCUAAUUUGACUCAUCUGCCUUCUAUUGAAGCCAUGCGAGGCCUCUGCAACUUAAAAUAUCUUAGAAUUUGGGGUUGUCCGAAAUUGAAGGAAAGAUGCGCCAAAAGGGGCCCCGAAUGGUCCAAGAUCUCCCACAUUCCCAAUAUCAACAUACAUUGCAAGGACGUGCAGGGGGAAUACCUAUAUUCCACCAAUGGCAAUCUAAUUUUCCUGAUCUGAAACCAAAAAAAUAUCAUGAUGAGUGGAGGGAAUUUUCACACUAGGGACCAACCAGAUGAGUAGUCCUCUCUUUGAGUUGUUGAGGCUCAUAAACAGAUUUAGCUAUUCUACAGCCAUGUUGUUUUCGAAUUAUGACCACAUUUUGAAGUGCAAGUUUACUGGUAUAUAGACAUUUGUCUUGCUGAUCAAAGUCUUAAGCUGUCCCGGAUUGCCAGUUUAAGUGGACUGCCCUACAAAGGUGGGUUGUGAAACUAAAAAUCAUCUUUUAAUUAAGAUUUGAUUUUAUU